AUGGCGAAGCGCUGGAAGACCUUGGCUCUCCUGGGCGGAAACGCAUCCCUCGUGCCAGAGCUGCUGGGCCAGGUCCUGGAGUGGGAUGGGGCACCAGCGCCCACUGAGAAAGUUCUGGAACCCGGGAAAAGGAAGCGGAAGAGGUGGAGCUUGGCAGGUGUGGAUCCUUCCUCUCAGAGCAGGGCCAAGGAACCCCGCGGCCCAGCAACCCGGGCUGCGGAGGGGGCUUGGGGAGCCGCGCAGAAGCUCCAGGAGCGCCUGGCCCGCAGCACGGAUGCGGAGGAGAUUCGGAAGACCCUGAGGCUGCUCUCCAUCCUGCCCUUCAUGCCGGAGAUCCUGGAGACCACGGGAGUGAGAAGGACGGUUCAGGGGCUUAGAGAGCACCAGCUGGUGGGCAACUUGGCCAAGGAGCUGGACCUGCGCUGGGAGACCGUGUCUCUGCUGGGCCGCCAUCCCUGGCUGGGGCCAGCGCUCCUGGGGCAGGUCCCGGAGCGGGAUGGAGCUCGGGAGCCCAGGCAGGAUGGCCCCACGCAGUCGGAGUGGGCCGAGUGGGAAGAGCUGAUGAUGGAGGCAGGUGACCCCCAGCUCAAGGAGCCCUGUGACCUCCGGAGUGGGGGCAAGCGGUCUGCCAGUCCUGCUCCUGGCAGUAGGCUGCAAAAGCGACCCUGCCUGGCCCCAGGGUCCCCUGAGGACAACUUGAGGCCUGGGCUUCGUUGGGUCCCGACGAGCAGCCAGGUCAAGGGAGACCAGGCAGGCAAGCUGGUGCUUGCUCAAGCUCCCGAUCCCACCCGAUAUGGGGAGCCAACGCUGCCACCUGAGGGCGAACCUCUGGAUUUCCCCGGGGGGCCUGUCCAGUCAGGUGCUCUGCCCAGACAGGGGCGGGUUUCCCUUUAUCCACUCCCUCUGCAUGGGGCCUCUGUGCCCUGGGGGGAGUUGGGAGGGGAAGAAAAAGCUGAGGAGGAAGAGCAAGGUGAAGAGGAGGUGCAAGGGGAAGGGGCAGCCUUCCCUUUCCAUAGAGUGGUCCUGAAGACCCCGGUGUACUCGGGACCCAGGCCCCUCCCGCUGCCUCCCUCCAGUGCCUGGGAGGUGUGUGAGCUUCCCCCUCACAGCGCUACCGGCUGUGCCCGGACACCCCGCAUUCUGUUCGAGCUCGUGCCUUGUCCUGCAGCUCAGCACCCCAGUCCCGGGAACGGUCACAGCAGGACCAUGGCACCCGGCGGCACAGACAGGCUGUGGCAAGUCCGCUGCAGAAAGGAAUUUAAGGAGAACACCCCGGCCCAGGGAGAGUCCUGGCGCGAGCUUUUCGUGCGGCUGCGCCAAGAGCGGGAGCAGCGUCUGCAGGCAGUGAGCACCAGGAUCCGGGCUGCCCAGGCCCAGGAGAGUGGAGGCCGCCGGGCACAGAUGCUCCUGCACCCGCUUCCCCAGAAGCGCCCUCGCCGCGGUGCCAACCCCCGGCCCUGCGGUGCAGGGCCAGCCCCGAAUCAAGGAGGCGCCCAGCAAGGAAACCUAGCUAGAGGAGGAUUAGAACGGGGUGCCUUGGGGGCCGGGGCUGCGGGUGCGGGUGGAGCUGCUGGAGCUGGGGACGGUAGGCUCCAUCCCCAAAGCCAGACAGCAUCCUGCGCCCCUUCCGGCCCCACAAUGGCAGCCCUCAGGCCCCUGGUCAGCACCGGAAAGCCCCCUGCUAAGAGAACUGCCCGGCUCAUGGCCAACACCCUCCGCGAUUACCUGAGAUGCAAGAGCAGGUUCCCUGGGCGGUGA